AUGACUUCUCUCGAUAAUACCAAUCAAAAUGUUCUUGGGCUGGUGGCAUUGAUUGUUUCGGUGGUAGCACUUUUAACUACAUGUUUGCAGGUGUUGCAACAGUAUUUUUCGAGUGCAGAGGGGUAUCGAAGAUGUGCGGAGUCGGUGAUGGGGCCAUGGAGUAAGGGGACGAAACGAAAACUUAACAUAAAAGAAAUUCGAGUCGAAGUGGUGUUCGAGACGCCAGUUAUAUUCAUCGCUCCUCCGCAUAACAAACGAGGUCCAAUUGAAAACAGGCCUAUUCAUUACAUGGAUGGCUCGCCAGAAUCAUACGCAGAGUCAAAAGUUCUGGAACCUAAAGCACAAUUACAGAAGGAUAAACAAACAAUUCAACAAGUCCAUACAGCGGAUGAUGAACGAGCAUCGUGGGUUACCCUGUUAUCGAGUCUUCAAAUGAAUGAACACGACUCACGGGAGUGGGAUGAAAAAUUUCGUUCGAGGACGCCGCCAACAGGGAGACUAAUAAAAAAACCCGAAUACGAAUUAGCUGUGGCUUUACAGGUCAAAACACGAUCUUGGGACUUCGUUCCGUCUAGCAUAACAAGGCCAUAUGCAACAUCUGCCAUAUGUCAUUUGGUUGAAAUGAUGGCUUUGUUAGGGAUGUAUUGGAAAGUAUUCGAUCAGAUUCAGUGGAACCUCAGAGCAGAAGGCAAUGGUUUCAUUCUUACGUCAACUACCGUUCACGGUCUAGGAGUUAUGGUUACAUUUUCAGUUACGGGGAGAUCGAGUUUUAGGGAAAAUCGUGUCAUUCCAUCCAAUCAUAUCAAGGAUUUAUGUUUUGGAACGGUUCCAAACAUUUUCGAGGAUGACGAGUACUUGAAGAAGAACCCGGAGUCUCAGAACGUGACGUUACAAUUUGGGAGCCCAGAAGAUGUUGAUACAACUUUGGAAUCUCUUGGUUGUACACCCGAGAUUCUUAAAAGAUAUAGAAAAGAUCACAAGCACAUAUUUUCAGUCUCCUUUGAAUUGAUCGGUAUGCUAGGCAAGGUAGUUCGGCUUCGUGGCAGCAACUUUAGAAUGAUACCAAAUCCUACCCAAGAUUUUUGGUUGAAGAAGAUUGGUAAAAAGCCUUCCUGGAACAUUAUCACACUAGUGGAAAUAUUCCAAACGAAGCUUGUAAAACUUUGCGAGCGGGAAGGCUAUAACGACCUACACGCUGUUGCUGCAAUUAUCAGACAAUGGAAAGACAUUGAAUCUAUAAUAUGUGUAGAUGAUGAAGGAUCCGCUUUUCGCAGCCGAGAAUCCAUGAUUCGAAAUCGAAUGUCCGAAUACGAUCUUAGUAUAGAAGCGCGAGAAAGAAUCCAUGAUGCCCUUGACGACAGGACCAAAUUCCUCCUCCAUCCAGGAAGACAACAAACUAUUAUCAAAGUGGUAGUAGCACACAUCGACCACGUUACGAAAGUUCUAGAAAAUCCUAACUCUCCUUUAAAUUCGAUCGUGGCCGUUCAUAAAGAAGAACCUCUACUAAAUUACUACUUUGAUCAAAUACUCCCCGAGAUUACCACCCGAGAUACCGAUUCCAGACUUUUGAAUAAACACGAGAAAGAGGAAAGACAUAUUAUUUGGGUUUCCUUGAUGUUUAGAAUGUUGUGUUGGUUCUUGCUGCAUGAUUGGAAUAAGGAUGAUAAGUGUGGGGUUCCACCUGAUUUGAAAGGAAGCAGAAUGCCGGUAUAUGUGGGAUGA